CCUCUUUGUUGAUAUAUUUUAUGCCUCAUUGCUAAUGGUUAUUAGUUUGAACUGAAAUGAUAAAGGAAUCGGCCGUACCCAAAACAUGACAACAGAAAAUGACGAGUCUUCUGAAUUUUUAUUAUGGGAAGAAGAUAGACAAGAGAAGUCCGUAGAGAUAGUCAAACAAAUAAACGCCAAAAACGCUAAAUAUAUUGCCUGCGGCUUAGUUAUUGGCUUUAUACUAUACCAUGGAAUUGUUCAUGUCCGAUAUGGUACUGACUCCUGCAAGUGGCUGUUGUCAGGAGGUAAAUAUAAAGGAGAUAUGGAAUGGCAGCCUUAUGGCUGUAUGAUGCACCAAUAUAGUCAACUGGAUACUAGGAGAUGUAUAAGAGCACUUGCAUUUCUUGGGCGCCAUAACCAUUUUGUUUUUGUUGGUGACACCCGCAUUCUUGAAAUUUAUACUGCUUUUCUUGAACACUUAAUGGAAAGAAAGCCAUUUGAAGAAAGACAGCCCCUUACUUUGUUGCCGAGAAAUAAUCACAGUUUUUCUGAUGCUCAACUUCGGGUCACUGUUGACUUCAUUUGGAGUCCUUAUAUUUCGAAAGUGAUGGUUGAUAAUUUUAGAAAGUGGAUGGAUCAAUUAGAGCCACCAAGUCUUAUUGUAGUUGGAUGUGGAAUUGAAACAAUACAAAAAACUAAUGGGUCCAAAAGAGGAAUUAAGGAGUUCACAUUCAAUCUCACCAAAUUAGCUAGGCCAAUAGAUGUUCUAUCCAUGAAGAAGAGUAGAGUGUUAUGGAUGCUGUUAGAGCCUGUGAAUGAGGAAAAACUUCCAAAACAGUGGGGCAGUGUCACUAAUCGAGCUCUUGAUCAAUAUAAUUGGGCUGCUCGUGAAGUGCUGUAUCACAGUAAGGCUCAAGUUUGGUCAAGCACUCGUGCCCUGGUUUCGGGACUAGGUGGCUGGGAUGGCCUUACAAUCCCUCCAAAGGCUCUGAAGCACCAUACUCAAAUUCUCGCCAAUCUCCAUUGCAAUGACCACAUGGCCUUUAACGACGGGACCUGCUGUUCAUCUCCGGAGAGGACUACUAUUAUUCAAAGGCUUGCUUAUUCAGCUGUUGCAGUGUGUUGCCUCCUGGGUUUAUUGGUUGCCAUUCGUAGGAAAAGAACGAAAAUGAAAAUGGAUCCUCCAACCAAGGCAUAUACCCUUAUUAUAUCACUUGCUAAAAUGAGUGUAAUAAUGGCAUAUUUUUAUCUAUGUGAUAGAACCAACUUUUUUAUGAAAGAAAAUAAGUACUAUUCUCCUAUAAGCUUUUGGUUACCAUUGGGGUAUGUUUUUGCUUUGGGCCUUUUUUUUACUGAAGACAGCAGGUAUACUAAAUUUCUUCACAGGGAUCAAACAGAUGAAUGGAAAGGUUGGAUGCAGUUGGUUUUGUUGAUAUAUAAUAUGACUGGUGCCAGUGCAAACCUCCAUAUUCGAAACCACGUUCAGAUCUUGGUUUCUGCAUAUUUUUUCCUCUCUGGUUACUGUCACUUUUACUAUCUUUGGCAUCGACAAGAUGCUGGAAUCGUAAGAUUUUUUCAGGUGAUAUUCAGGUUUAAUUUGCUACCUGUAUUACUUUGUAUGUGUAUGAAUCGACCGUACCAAUUCUAUGCAUUUGCACCUUUGAUCUCCUUCUGGUUCUUGUUUCUGUACCUGGUUCUGGUACUGCCUCCUAGAGUGUCCGCUCUUUCAGUGGAAGCCAACCCUCUCCAUUAUCUCUAUUUUGUUCUCAAGUUGGUUGGCCUUUUUUCAUUGAUCAUUAUCCUUUUUAUGUCUGAGGUUUUCUUUGAAAAAGUUUUUGUAAUGAGGCCUUGGAAAGCUUUGUUUGUCUCGGUAGAUGACGAUAUCCAUGAUUGGUGGGUUAGAUGGAAAAUGAAUAGAUAUAGCAUGUGUUAUGGUGUGAUUUUUGGCCUGGCCCUGAUGACAGGGCAGCGAUACGGUCUCAUUGAUGAUUCUAACCAUUCCAACCUGAUGCCGAAGAGGCCUGCACUGGCUGUGACAUUUCUAUCCUUGGUUGGCCUCGCUGCUGCUUCGGGCUACGCUUUUAUCUGCCCUAACUCAACCGAUUGUGACGAAGUACACUCUUACAGCACCUUUGUUCCAAUAGUCUCUUACAUUGUAUUGAGGAACGUAAAUGGAACAUUAAGAUCUCGUUUUUCAUCCUUAUUUGCCUGGUUUGGUAAAAUAUCUUUAGAGCUGUGUUUUUGUCAGUAUCACAUUUGGAUGGCGGCUGAUGCUCAUGGUGUUCUAGUCUUUGUUCCUGGAUAUCCUGUUUUGAAUGUUCUUAUUACUACAUUUAUAUUCGUUUGUGCUGCCCAUGAGAUUCAUAAAUUGACGUAUAUUCUACUUCCAUAUGCUGUUCCUUCAGAUUGGCGAAAAGUUCUUCGCAAUUUCUUUAUAUUUUUAUGUCUCUUAGUACCAAUAGGGAUCCAUGAUGGUAUGUUCUGAUCCAUGAAUUUGCUUAUUGUACCUAAUUAAUUUUUUUUUAUAAUAUUCUCAUUUUAGUGGUUCAUUCAAAUUAAAAACUUUUACUUUUAUAUUAUCUUAUAAGUUUCAUUUUUAAGUCUUUGGUAAGCUAAGUUCUAAACGAGAUUUGAAUCGAGUACUUAAUUAUGAAACUAUUCCACACCAUAUCUUUUGUUGUAGUUGUGAACUUAAACUUUUCUAGUUACCAUGAUUAGUUUUUUUAAAUUUUUUUUUUGUUGAGUUUAGAUUCUUUAUCAGGAAAAAGAAACAGUCUUGUUUGUGUUUUAGGGAAAGUACUGUUUAAAUAAGCUACAGUAAACUCUCGCAUCCAGUAUUGUGUCAAGUAUAUGGUGUCCACAAAAUUGAUUAACUCACAUUAUAUUAUAUUUUUAAAUAUAAAAAGUAAUAUCCCAUUAGUAUAGAAUACAAUCAGAAGCAAAAAAGCUUCAUAUGCGACUCUUAAGCUUUUGUUAUGUUUCUCAUAAACUUAAAAAAAAGUGAUUUCUCUACAGUCAUUCCAUUCUCUAUGAAUUACAGACCUCAUAUGAAACAAAUUCAGUAUAUAAUUAAAAAAAAAAAAACUGUACUGUGUACCUACCCAGGGUCGCCCCACGGCCAAUAAAACAGAAUAAAUAAUUUUUCUGCCAUGAGCCGAGAUUUGAGCCAUAAAUUAGAGCAUUGGAAACUCAGUACCCUACCACUGAGCUACCUCAGUACCCCUCAGAAUAUAGUUAAAACUACAUAAAAAAAAAGGUUAAAAAAAUAAAUUCAAUUUUAUUUAAUUAUGUGAUACAGUUUUUAAGCUUCUUUCAUGAGGUGUUACCUCAAUUAUUCUAUUUGUUUUUUUCCUCUGUGGGGGAGGAUAUAUUAACUUAUUUCUGAUAUUUCAUCCUUGCAUUUCUGGAGAAUUCUUCUGUCUGUGCUAUCUCUCCUUCCCUUUUGUUAGUUGUGGCUUAAAUUUAAUGAGGCUUAGAUCUGCUAAGACUUUGAAGAAAUUGCUAAAAUUUUAUUCUAUUGCAUCAGAUCAUCAUUUAUUCUCGAAGAGAGCCUUGUUCAUUGUGGAAUAUGUUUAUUCACCUGGACAAUACUCCAUAUUGAUGUUGAGUUUUUGCAUCUCAGUUUUAUCUAAAUUUAUAAUAGUGAUUACCUAUUUUUAAAAGAAUUUUAUUGUUCUAUGAAUCAAUUUGAGAUUAACUUUUGAAUGCUUGGAUAAAGUGAAAUAAAGUUUAAUAUUUAUCAAGUUGUUUUAUCAACAAUUAAAUUUUUUUUUGAUAAUAUCAUCUGAUGUUUAAAAUCUGCUACGUACUUCAUGUUGAUCCUUGCAAUACUGAAUUAGAGAGAGUACUGUAGUUACUUCAUUCAUUAUAGAAGUGCUUCCCGAAGUUAAAUAUUUUUAUAUAUUUAGUGACAAUAUAGUGAUAAAAGAUGUUUUACUAAAGCAAUAAUUUAAAUAUAUAAUUAAUGAGAUGUGGUAAAUUUAGCACGACUGAAACAGAUGCUUAAAAGCUUAAUGCAUUUAUACACAUAAAUCUCUUGAGCUAAUGUGAGAUGUAAUAGUUCUCACUGUAUAUAUUGAACAAUAAGGAUAUUUGUCAUAAUUGAACGCUGGGAGCCAUACACUAUUUUUUCUGAUACUAUUUUGGUAUUUAUGUUUUGUAAUAUAUACUUUUUAGUUUAAUUAAUUUUUGUUAUUUGUUAAUUAUUGUUACUAUUGUCUGAAUUAAUUGCAUAGUAUAAUAGUGGUUUAUUUUAAUUUCUGUUUUCACCUUUCGUGUAACUACUUAACUCUCAAAUGAUAUUAAUAUUGUUAUAAGAUUUUUGCACAUAUAGAUUUAAAAAAAUAAGAUGACCUAAUUUGUGUAUACAUAUAUAUAAAAUUUGAAAAGUAGCAAAAAUACUAGUA